UCUUCCACACCACUCAGCGCCUCGCGAUAACGUGACCGUGUCGACUUGAUGCGCGACGCGUUGUCUCGCGUUGUUCCAUGACAUUGCUGCGAAGACCACUGAGAGCAAGUUCUUCGUCUCUGUGCUGGCGAUUACAGAGGAGACCGAUUGAACAUUGCGAGGCGCCCAAACAGCGCCCACAGCUUCACGCUGGAUGGCAAAGUGAGAUGAUAUUUACGUGGUCGUAUGUCACGGAUAAGGACUGGCCAAAGCACUCGUCAUAUGCCGCAUCGGUCGCCCUACUGCAACUUCGGGACUCGGAUGCCAGUGCAAGUAACCGAAGCCAACGAAUCGACGAUCACCGAGUCCGCCGCAUUCAAUCGUCACAGGCAGUGGUCGGUGGUCAUCUCGGGCCCGCGCUCCCCGAGAGAAUACAUCAGACGUCGUGCAAUCCAUGGACCAUCAUACAAAUUACAACAGCUGUUGACAGGCUGAAGACGCCGGCGAUCGCAACGCAGGAUAGCCCGCAGCCCCUGACUCCCGAGGGCAGCGUAGAGGUGUUCUACGUUCAUGGGCCGUAUGUGCUCAUCUUCAGCACAGCCAGUGUCGAUAUCUGGCGGACAGGUGGCCCGCACGGUCGCCUCGAGCAUAUCGCGACCCUCGCCCAGUUCAUACUACUACUAGUAGCUAUGCCGUAUCAUCUUGACCCCAUCUUCGACACUGAACGCAACCUCAUCAUCAUCGUCGCCCAUGGCGAUGGGGAAGAUGGGUUGCCUUCCCUCCUCGUCUUCAGCCUCAUCGACGGUCGGCUCGUCCGCAAGCUAGAGUUGUACGGCGCCCUGCUAGAGGACGACCUCCUGUACGCCGACGGCAAGAUCCUGGUCGACACCGCAGAAGACAACGAACGCUUCCCACCCCAUGGCCUGACCAAGAUCUUGCUCUGCGACGUGGUAGGGGAUGGCGGUGUCCUCGGUAGUGUCAACCUUCCCGCACGCCUCCAGGCUCGCGAGCAGGUGCGAAACAACACGAACGGAGGUAUACUACUGCCCGUCCACGUCCGGCCGAACGGGGAUAUCUUUGCGACGUCCUCUGAGUCAUGGGGUAACAAGAUGGAGGUCCUAUGCUGGCGCGGGGCGGACGUUCCGAAGUCCCCGGAGCCAGACGCGAGCUUCACGCUCGCUGUCGGAAUCGAGGACGGCGAUCAGAUCUACCCGACGUGCAGUGCGCCUCUGGACGAGACGGCGUUCUUGCUCGCCGUCUACGAGGCGGACGGUAACGUGCUACCGGUGCAGUCCGCCUGCCAGACGUCGAUCUACGCCAUCGACGUGGAGACCAUGACUAUCCGGUGGCACGCGGAGCUCGGAGGCUGGGUGCACACCGUUCGGUACGUCGCUGCGCUAGACGUCAUCGUCGCUUUCGGGCGGCAUGACAAUGGCGACGGCGACAAGUCCGACAAGUUCGGGUACGUAGUUGCCCUCGACCCCGCGACUGGCAGCCAGCGGCGGAUGGAGACGAUCAGCCACAACGUGCAGGGUGUUCCGGUGGAAUACGGCGGCCUCAGUCAGACUGCAGAUGACUUCCUAGUCGUGAUUGUUUUCCGUGACGGCUCAACAUGCGCUGCCGACUUGAGGCAUUUCCUCGAGCAUGGCUUCCCGAGGUUAGGAAAGCGGUUAGUGGUUUCCGGGUCGCCGCUGGGAGAGCAGUCCAAUAUCACAAAGGCAGUCGUAUCUGGGCAGACGGUGAUCGUUACCGUCGGCCAUGGCAGCGAGUCUCGUAGCUUGUAUUUCACUCUCCCGUAAAACUCUUGUGUAAACUCGAAAAACCUAAAAUCUACCUCCAAACUUAGAGGCCUCGCUGUAUGUCUACAGAUGUUUUCUAGACGCCUAGACAACAAUGUUUCCUGAAGUGCACGGUA